AUGCUCGAAAUAAUUUGCAUCAUCCUCUUCCAUUGGCCGGUCAACAUUUUUUUAGUAACUGUCUCAAUCCCUGGUGCCUAUGGAAUACUUCUCUACUAUAGCUUUACGUGUACCUUCUUUACGGAUCUGAUCGCUGGCUCAUUGCCCAUCUCACCUAAGAGUCCUGCUUCGAGUCUCUCCGCUCAAGCUCCAAAUCUUCAACAGCACCCGGCUCCACUUUUAAGUGAUGAUUCAACUCUACUACUUGUUGAUGAAGAUAAACUUCAAUCUUCUGCCUCUCGUAUCCCGACUUCUUCCGCCCAUGGAAAUAGCCACGAGACUUUCGAGGAGAGAACUGAGCGUAUCAAGGUCAAA